ACAGACACCGGAAGCAGCUGAAGCUCCUGCAGGGUCGGCAGGAAGUUCGUCUGGAAAGGGGCAGCUGCGUGUAGGCCGGUCUCGCGGGGGUCUGGGGUCUCCCCAGCUCGGGCCAGGCCUCACCGCUCCGGGGGAUCCGGGGCGGAGCAGCUCCAAGGGGGGCGGGAGCGAGCCCCGGGCCGGAGCAACUCCUGCAUUCUCAGCCGGGCCUCAGUUUCCUCACCUGUCAAACCAGGCACUUGGUCCCUUCGGUCCCCUGUGGGGGAGGGAGGAGGGGAGAGUCACCCGGCCUCUCGGGGCCUCUGGUGCGCUCGUCCGAAAAAUGGGGCAGGGCUGGACGGCCUCGUCCCCGUUAUGUCUCAAGCCUUGCGAGGCCCGUCGUAGGCGCCUAAUCAGUGCUUGUGCACGUGACCCCGAGCUCCCUGCCAGCUCCGAAUCUGUGUCCGGCGGCGCCCAGCCUUUAUUGUGCCUUCUGUGAAGCGGGAGCAUUAGUAACCCCAGAGGGCUGUUGCAGGCUCCAGCGAGGUGUUUGCAGAGAGCUUUGCAAACUUUCAAUUGCUUUGUAAACUCUGCUGCAUGGGGGGGUGGGGGUGGGACCGGUGAUGUCAUCCAUUGGGGUGACAGAUGGCGGCCUCGUAGAGUCGGGACUUGUCCAAGUGACCCAGGUGGCCAGUGGCAGAGACAGGAUUUGAACCCAGCACCGUCACGCUUUCCCCUGCACUAUGUUGCUUCUAGUCUUAGAGAGUUGCUGGAGCACUGAGGAACCCAGGGUAUAUUAGAAUCAGGUCUCGAACCCAGAGCUUCUUGGGCAGCCUGGGGGACUGCCCCCCCCACCUGUGACACGUUGCCUUUCUAGCCAUUCCCUUUAUUAAUAACAACCAGUGUGUUGAUGAUAAUGGAUUAAUAGAAAGCAGUGCCAUUGCAGAGCGCAGGGCAUCGAUGGCCCUUGACCCCUGGGAUUUUUAUGAUGUUUUAAGGCUAACAAGAUUUUCACUCUCUUUUUCAUGUCCCUUCCUUCUAAUUUUUCUUUUUAGUGUAUCUGCCAUGUACGUUCUAGACGAGAGUUUGUAUUUCCUGAAGCCUCAAGCCACUUUGCAUGAUUGAAUCUGCAAUAUAGAAUAGUUGGGAGAAAACAAACGGAAAACGACGAAGGGCAGGCAGUGCUUUUGUGACCAUGGAUGACAAGAGACGAAGAGUGCGAGUGCAGGGUGGCUGGGCAGGUCCUGCCAAGAAUCAGGCCUCUGUGAAGCCAGCUCUCAGGGACAAAGGCCAUGCCCACCAAGGCCUUGCACAGACCUGGAUGAAAAGGGAGUCACUUCCACCUGAAAGACAGUUUGUGUAUAAAGAACCAAAGGAAGAGGUUUUACGUCGCAUCCCAGACCCACAAAUGAUUGACAAAGAAGGUGUCUAUGAAAUCAGCGCAUCACCCACAGGCAUUUCUCGGAUACGCUUGUUUCCCAAUUUCAUUAAAUCAGAAGAAGCAGAUUGGAUGUUUGAACAACUGUGCCAAGAUAUUCCAUGGAAGCAGAGGACUGGUAAUCGAGAGGGUAUAAGUUAUCUGCAGCCAAGAUUGACAGCGUGGUAUGGAGAACUCCCUUACACUUAUUCCAGAAUUACAAUGGAGCCAAAUCCUCAAUGGCAUCCUGUGCUGAGCACGCUGAAGAACCGCAUCGAAGAGAACACGGGCUACACCUUCAACUCGUUGCUCUGCAAUCUUUAUCGAAACGACAAGGACAGCGUCGACUGGCACAGUGAUGAUGAGCCCUCGCUGGGGAGAUGCCCCGUCAUUGCCUCCCUCAGCUUGGGGGCCACACGUGUCUUUGAAAUGAGGAAGAAGCCUCCCCCAGAAGAGAAUGGGGACUAUACAUAUGUGGAAAGAGUAAAGAUACCCUUGGAUCAUGGCACCUUGUUGAUGAUGGAGGGAGCUACGCAAGCUGAUUGGCAGCACCGGGUGCCCAAGGAGUACCAUUCUAAGGAAGCAAGAGUGAACCUGACCUUUAGGACUGUUUUCUCGGAGCCCAGUGGGAUGGAUUCAAGAGUGACCUAAGAACCUUCUGAGAGAAGCUGCCUUGGAAUGAUUCCAGCCUUUGACAUCAAGCAUUCCAAGGAUACGGGCAUGGACAUUCAGGUCUCCUAGCGAUACCACUUCCUAGGAGAUGAGAGUCUAAUUGGUGCCUUAGCAGAGAGUUCUGUGAAACGUAGCAAGCAGUUCAUGUUUGGAAUAUGCUUGUUGUGGGAAUAGUAAUCCCUAAACAGGUCUCAGACUUGUGGAUUUGCUUUGUACAAAUUAAAGUCUGUUGUGCUUGUACUCAUA